AGACUACAUAUCAUACAUCGCUUCAACCCGGAACAGCCCCUAUAAACUCCCCUCCAACCCAGAAAUUUCCUCCCCGCGCAGACAUCACCUUCAAUGUCAGAUAAUGGAUAAAUUUCACCCUUCACUUCGCGAAUGUGCCAUUGCCGCAACUGCGUUUAAGCUCCUACUCUUCCCCGCAUAGUCUGUUUUCCUUUACCAACUCACUGCCCAUGUGUGGCCGGCAUCGCUGACUACGGUGAUGGGUAGUAAGUCUACGGAUUUCGAAGUUCAUAGGAAUUGGCUGGCGAUUACCCACUCAUUGCCAGUGAAGGAGUGGUACUAUGAGGUAUGGGUUCCCAUGGCUCCCCGAGACGCGAACGGGCUGGCGGGAGUGGAGCUAAUAGGAUAGAGGGGAGGGAUAGAAAACCUCGGAGUGGACACUGGACUAUCCCCCCUUCUUCGCAGCGUUCGAAUGGGUGCUCAGCCAGGUUGCUCGAUUCUUUGAUCCGGCAAUGCUGGGUGUGAGGAAUUUGGGAUACGAUUCUGUUCAGACUGUAUACUUUCAGCGGUUGUCGGUGGUGUUUACGGAAUUACUCCUUGUUUAUGCACUGCAAAAGUAUCUCCCCCUUUGUUCUCUCCAAUUCGGGUAAUGUUGACAGUGGCAAAGGUUCAUAGAUACGAGUCCCGAAUCCUCUAAGCGCUCCGCCCAUGCUGUAGCCCUGUCCAUACUCCUCUCACCUGGCUUCUUAAUAAUUGACCACAUUCACUUCCAAUACAAUGGUUUCCUAUAUGGGAUUCUAAUUCUCAGUAUAAUCCUCGCCCGGUCACCCAAUACCCGCUUAUACUCCGGUUUUCUCUUCGCUACGUUGCUCUGCUUCAAGCACAUAUACCUCUACCUAGCGCCAGCUUACUUUGUCUUUCUCCUACGAGCAUACUGCCUCGGCGACAGCAUCUUCCAAAUCCGGUUUGCAAACGUUAUAAAGCUAGGGGCGGGAAUUAUAGGAAUCAUUGCCGCGGCAUUCGGACCGUUCCUGUAUUGGGGGCAGAUACCACAGCUACUAUCCCGGCUAUUCCCGUUUAGUAGAGGCCUCUGCCACGCCUACUGGGCGCCGAACAUCUGGGCGAUAUACUCCUUCAUAGACAGAAUUCUGAUAAUAGGUACUCGUGCAUUAACUUCCUCUUCACUGCCUCCCCACUAAAAAAAAAAACCACUCCCACAGUCGCCCCCCGUCUCGGCAUCCCCGUAAACCAGGCAGCCCUUAGUAGCGUAACCCGCGGCCUCGUUGGCGACACCACCUUCGCCGUCCUCCCAGAGAUCACACCUGGAACAACCUUCCUCCUAACCAUAUUCUUCCAAGCCCUCUCCCUCAUAAAACUCUGGACAAACCCCACCUACGAAACAUUCCUCGGCGCUAUAACCCUCUGCGGCUAUGCCUCCUUCCUCUUUGGCUGGCAUGUACACGAGAAGGCCAUCCUUCUAGUGGUGGUCCCCUUCUCCCUCCUCGCCCUAAAGGACCGCCGCUACCUCGGCGCGUUCAGACCACUAGCUGUCGCCGGCCACGUCUCUCUCUUCCCACUACUCUUCACCGCGCCCGAAUUCCUGAUCAAGACGGUGUACACAAUCGCCUGGCUCGUGGUCUUCCUCACUGCCUUUGACGCCCUCGUGUCCCCCGUCGCGGUUAACACCAGGAGGUUCUUGCUGGAUAGAUUCACUAUGCUUUUCAUAAUUGUCGCCAUUCCGUUGAUUGCCUACACUAGUCUUUUUCAUAAGGUUUUGUUUGGGGGCCGGUACGAGUUUCUACCUUUGAUGUUUAAUAGUUCCUACUCUGCAGUCGGCGUCGUAGGGAGUUGGGUCGGGUUUUGUUGGCUGUUUUUUGGUUCUUGAAAUGGGGUUGCAGCAGUGUAGUGUAGUGGGUUCAAGGAGGGGGAUGGGUGUAAAGAGGGAGAAAAUAAACCGUAAUAUAUAUACAUAUAUAUAUAUAUAUAACGCCCUCUUGGAAGAUUCUUCGUCUCUUUCAUGUGCUUGGCUCGAGCGGUCGUGGUACCGUAUUAAGUUUGCGCAUUUUUACAUCGCCCGCUAACUACCAUGCAUACCAUUGCUUACCGGGCAUACCCGGAUGUUGCAACAAUGCGCAAACCCUCCAUCAACGCUUUAACAUCAGAUAUCGGUGCAUCAUGGCACAUACCUCCCUAGGUAUGAUACACGAACCACAAUCCAUGACUAACCAACCAUUCAACCCACCAUUCCCACAGCCAAACCCGCCCACCACAGAAAAUUCCAUCACAUCAGAGUAAGACACGAAGCAACGAGUGAUACCCCAUG